UCGAGGUAGACCAGCUAUUCAUAUUACAAGAGAGCAGAUCGACUUUCUUUUGGCCCAAGGACACACGGUCAAGACGAUGGCAAACAUCUUUGGAUGCUCAACAUCUUUUCUUUAUAAGAAGUCCAAGGCACUCGGUGUACCAAUCAGGGGAAGGUUAGCUGCAGUGACUGAUGAAGACCUUGAAACUAACAUCAGACAACUUCAAUCCCUGUACCCAAAUUCUGGGACUGAGAUGAUGCGAGGCUUGUUGCAUGCACAAGGACUACUGGUUCCACGGCGUAAGGUCAGAGACAUGAUGGCUCGAAUCAACCCAAUGGCUACUGCAAGGAGGUGGAGCAGUGCAGUGUCUCGACGUGUCUAUCACGUGCCGUAUCCCAACAGUUUAUGGCAUAUUGAUGGCAACAUGCGUCUCAUAAGGUGGGGCUUUGUGGUCCAUGGUGGCAUCGAUGGAUGUUCUCGCCUAAUUACUUACUUGAACUGCAGCACAGACAAUUGCGCCUCAACAGUGCUAUUUCAUUUUCUCAAGGCAACAGGCCUCUAUGGCUUACCUUCUAGAGUGAGGUCAGAUCAUGGUGGCGAGAACAUGCAAGUUGCACUGGUGAUGAACCUCCUUCAGGGCAUUGAACGUCGGAGUCAUAUAACUGGGGAAUCCAUCCAUAAUCAGAGAAUUGAGCGUCUUUGGAGGGAUGUUUUUUUACAUGUUCUGGAACCAUUUUAUAGUACGUUUUAUAAUCUUGAAGAUUCAGCCCUCUUGGAUCCUAGCAACGAUGUGCACAAACUUUCCCUUCAUACAGUUUUUCUUCCUGAGAUUCAAAGCCGACUAGAACAAUUUAGAAACGCAUGGAAUCACCAUUCCUUGCGUACAGAAAACAAUAAAACACCAACACAAAUCUGGACUGAACGGAUGUUGGCAAACAUGGGUGCCAACAGCACAGCAACAAACAACGUGUUUGGUGAAAAUUCCAACACACCAGAGACUCUUGAAGAACUUCUGCAAACAGCAUGGCCUUGGGCCGCUAAGAACCACUGA